AUGGCCUUCAUUUUUAAUUUAAUUCUGAUAUUAGAUAUCCAAUUGAUUAAACAUUAUUAUUACAUGACACUUCAAACUCUAUUUCUAUUUGUCGGAAUUGUGUUGGGAUAUAUCAAAAUUCCCCUGGAAAAGAUAAUAAAAACCAACACAGUAGAAUUAUCAUAUGUAAUUCCAUUUGAAAGCUCGAUAGACUUAAUAGACUUAAGUGUAACGAGUUACAUUGACAACAUGAGCAAUAAACUAUACAGAGGGAAUAUUUCAGUUGGCACGCCUCCCAUUGAAUUCAACGUUGUUUUUGAUACUGGAGUUAGUUGGAUGCUGAUACCAUCAAUAAAAUGUAAAUCGUCUUGUCACAAAUGUGAUAAUUUUUUUAAUUCUUCAGCAAGCUCAUCUUUCAAGUCACUGAAUCAAGAAAUUAGGGUCGAUUUCGGCUCUUGAAAUGCUAUCGGGAAUUUAGGUAGCGAAUUAGUUUCAACAAAAGAAGCUCGCGAGCUUUCGGUUUCUGAUCAAGCUUUUAUUUCGAUAAAUAAUGAUAAAGGAUUAGAAAAUCUUGGAGCAGACGGCAUUUUAGGACUAGGAUAUAGCAAGUUAUCAGAUGGAUACCCAACUUUUUUAGAUAACUUAAUGCACCAAAAACAAAUCAGCAAGAAAAUAUUUUCGAUUUAUAUUAGCGAUAAUAAGUACGAAAGAGAAUCAGCUAUCAUAUUUGGUGGCUAUGAUUUGCCAAGCUAUACAAAAAAUGAGGAGGUUAAAUAUGUGAGAGUUCUUUCUGAGACAGGAUAUUGAGCUGUUUUAUUGUCUAAACUUAAAGUUGGGAAGUCUAUAUUAAAAUCUGCUUCUGUUGCCGCAAUUAUUGACUCUGGAAGAAGCAUGAUAUCAGUUCCAAAAGUUGAUUUAGAGUAUAUUCAUAAGAAAAUAGAAGACCAAGGGCAAUGUAUAAAAGAUUCUGGCGAUUUAAUUUGCGAUUGCGGAACAUCAUAUGUGAUUGAAGACUAUCCGAUUAUAUCGUUUACUUUGGGCUCAGAAUAUAUAUUUACGCUAGGGCCUGAGGAUUAUUUUCUAAAAACAAAUAAAAAAUGCCAACUUCUUUUUAGCCAAUUGCCAAUCAGCAAUUAUUGGAUACUUGGAGAUGUUUUUCUAACUCCCCUUCCCGUGAGCGAACAAAAAAAUCUUGUUGACUCUUGGGGGUUAAUUUUUUUUUUAAAAAUUUAUAUAUACAUUUUAUAGAAAAUUUUUUUUUCGAAAUUAAAAAAAUCCUACCUUGCAAAAAUUGGAAAACAAAUAUUAAUUAAUUUGCAAAAUUUAUGUUUUAAAAUGCAAUUUGUUUAAAAUUAAACAGAAUUAACUAGAAAUUUCAUUAUACUAAUUAUCACUUAUAUAUCAAAAAAUUUUCCCAUAAAAAAUUUUUUUAUUAAAAAAAAGUUUGUUCGCUCUUAUUUUUGGGAAAAAAUAGGGAUUUUCCAAUGGUUUUGUUCGCUCAGGGAGGGGGGAGUAAGGAGAUAUUAUUCAAUAUUUGAUGCAGAAAAGAGCAUGAUAGGGUUUUCAUUGUCAAUAAACUCAAAGGAUGAGGAGACGCCUAUACUGAUGAUAAUGCUAAUUAUUUUAUCAACAGUUAUUGCAUCUCUUAUGUGCAUUGGCAUAAUUAUUUGCUAUAUGAAAAAGAAUUAUGAAAAAACUCAUCCAUUUAAUUAUCAAAGAAUAGAUUAA